UAGGUGCAACUCGUAUUUGGAGUGUUAGUUAAUACCGAGCGCACUUCAUGAAUUUCUAACGGGAAUGCUUUCUUUUUGAUUCAAGUAUUUUGUUUUGACUUGUUACUUGAACCCCAUCACGCACCAGAGGAGCAUGAACUGGUGGAGAGGUGAAUAAAUAAUUUUGGGAGUUAUACAGUUUUGGUGUGACAUAUGUCACCUUGCGCGAUACUCAUGGCAAAACCUUUAGAUCAUAUCAAGAGACCUAUGAACGCUUUUAUGGUGUGGUCCCGUGGCCAAAGGCGAAAGAUGGCACUGGAAAAUCCUAAAAUGCACAAUUCAGAAAUCAGCAAAAGACUUGGUGCGGAAUGGAAGUUGCUUUCUGAGUCAGAAAAGCGACCGUACAUCGACGAGGCCAAGAGAUUGCGCGCGCAACACAUGAAAGAGUACCCGGACUACAAGUACAGACCCCGGCGCAAACCCAAGAGUUUGAUGAAAAAGGACCGCUUCGUUUUUCCAUUGCAGUUCUUCGGGGAUGCAGAACACUUGAAAGGUUUCUCCACGGACUCCCUCCUAGCCUCUGCAGAGAAAGCCAGAGCUUUUAUUCCGCCGACAUCAUCACCAUACUCUCUCCUUGACCCUGGCCAGUUCAGCACUGGCGCUGUCCAGAGGAUGUCGGAAGUACCUCAUACCUUGGCUGCUAACGCCUUUCCCUACGCUCACUCUUUCGGAUAUCAGACUGGACCUUUUGGAAGUUUAGGUUGCCCAAGCCAGCACACUCACACUCAUCCUUCAGCUACAAAUCCGGGGUACGUGGUGCCCUGUAACUGCAGCGCAUGGUCAACGACGAGUUUACAGCCUCAGGUAGCUUACAUCCUUUUUCCAGGUAUGUCCAAAACUGGGAUAGACUCGUACUCCUCGGCUCAUUAACUGUGACUGUAACUGUCUGCCCUGCGAGCCUUUGGGAAAACGACGCAAGUACAGCAGUUAAUUUCAUGAAUGAGAAAAGGACAACUUUUUUGGUCAAGGAGGACUUGGUUAAGUACAUAGUACAUUAACCUAAAAAAUAUUUAUUUACUGUACGUAGACCUGUACGAAUCUUCCAAUUGUCUUUAAUUCUUGGGGUCUGGUUUGAUGACAUAUAAUGCAUUGUUAGAGAAAACGUUUGAAAAUAAUGAUUUUGAACAUGAUAUAGGUGUUUAACUUGAAAUUGUAUUACAGUUAUUGGUUUGAAGAUGUAUACAAUUUCCUCAAUGGAUUCAAAAAAGGAUUUUAACAAAAUAGCCAAUUUUGAUAAUUUGAUAAAAAACAUUUUUUGCAAACCUCUUCUGGACAUUAAGCUACAAAUCACUU